AAUCGAUUCACUUGUGCUAUGUAAAAUUAGAAUCACCCAUUCACCAAGAGAUUGUACGAAAAGUGCUAAGGCUUUAAUUUGAAGGCCGUUUAUACAGAGAGAAUCUGUUUAACUUUUUUCAUUGAAAGGCAAACAGACGACUAGUGAAGAGUUUUGAAACUGUAUGUCAUCAUUUUUUCUAUAAUUAGCCGUUGAAUCAUUUUUGAACGUCACAAUCUGGGAUUAGCAGAAAUAUUGUCAGGAAUAUACUUGCAUAUAUUUAGUUUCUCUCCAUUUCAUAUAUCGGACACUCGUUCCCGGAACAGAAAGCCGGAAUUAAGUUGCUUUUUCAGUCUACUACGAAUACUCACCUGAUUCAUGAGAGUUCCAUUGUCAAGGAAAUAGAUUGUUUAUUUUCAGCAACCGAUGAAGGAAGAGAGCCAAUUUUCUAGCUUUCUUAAUUCUGCAGUGACCCGAUUGAGCGGUGUGGUCAAUGAAGCUGUUCAACCAAAACAUAAUAUUCGAUUAGGAAAUACAAGAGCCGGCGAUGGUAGUAACCACCAGAAAUUUUCGGAAGAUGAUUCUAAAUUGAACGAUAACGGGCAUGCUAGGACAGAUUCUGGAAAGACAAAAAGUAGUAAAGAUGAUGUUCCUUUUGGGGAAGGUGAAUUAAAACUAGAAAACUUCGAAAAGGAUACUGCCAGGAAUAAUGGAAACGCUGUAGCAGGUCAUGAAACAUCAAUGAGUUCUGAAGACGUGGAUGUUGAUAACGAAACAGAAGCUACCGAUCGCUCACCUUCUGUCCGUAAUAAAGAUGUUAAUACGCAACCUCAUGCUUCAAAUUUGCCGCCAUUAGAACAUGCGGCAACCCAAGGCUCUGCGGUCACUUCAGCUUCUCGGAAAGUAUCCAUAGCCUCUUCUGCAGGUGAUCCUGGAAGCUUGUCUGGGUAUGCUUUUGCUAGCAACAAGCGAAAUCAUGAUUUUCAUUGCAUCUUUAAAACCCUUCCUCCUGAUGACCAUCUCAUAGACGAUUAUGGCUGUGCUCUUCAAAGAGACAUUUUUUUACAUGGAAGGUUGUAUCUCUCGGAACAACACAUAUGCUUUAAUUCUAGCAUAUUUGGCUGGGUUACGAGUAUCAUUAUACCCGUCUCAGAGAUUGUUUCCGUAGAAAAAAAGUCCACUGCUGUCGUUUUUCCUAAUGCCAUACAAAUAACAACUCUCCAUGCUCGCUAUGUGUUCGCUUCGUUUAUUUCUCGUGAUACCACCUUUCAAUUAAUCAUUACAAUUUGGAAAAACAUUCACCCCUUCUUAAACAUGGCCGCUAAUGGGUAUAAUGUAUCCGAUGCUUCUCGAAAGCACCUUGGCCAUGAAUACAAUCGCUCCGAUGGUGGUUUUUCGGACAGCUCGGAAGACGAAGAUGGCCAAUAUGAUGAUACGGAUGGAGGUACAGAAGAGAACACAGAUCCUUCAGAAGAUGAUGGCAAUCGAUCAGAGAGUUCAGAGACUUCUGAACAAGAGCCUAAUAUAUCCAAGUUAGAAAGCGGCUCUGAAGAUAAUUUAGAAAAAAAAGGUAUUAAUGAGAUCUCCGAUGAUAACUUUCAAUCUGUCACACAGGUUACUUCUCAUGCUCCAACCGAGUGGAAGGGUAGCCCUCUUUCUCAUAUUCUUUGCUCAAAGGAAACCAUCUCACUUCCGUUAUCGUUGGUUUUCUUAUUGCUUUGGGGUUCAGAUACUACUUGGCUAAUGAAUUACUUUAAGGAUGAAAAGCUUUCCGACAUUAAGAUUGGUAAAUGGAUGAAACAUGAGAACAAAUGGACACGAAAAGUACAGUAUAUAAAGCCGGUAGCUCCUCCGUAUCGACAAACCACGUGUUACAUUACGGAUACUAUUGAACAUCUCGACAUCAACGAUUAUAUUGAGGUUUUAUCUAUAGCAUCUACCCCAGACGUACCCAGUGGUUCUUCUUUUGUAACAAAAACUCAGUAUGCAUGCUAUUGGGGAAAUAACUCAAAGACAAAGAUGGAUGUAAGUUAUACAGUUGAAUGGAAUAAGAGUUCCUGGUUGAAGGGUCCUAUUGAAAAGGGAGCACAAGAGGGUCAAAUGUCAUACAUUAAGAGCCUCACUAAUGCUCUCGAGUCCUAUAAGUCAUCUGGGAAAGGUAAACGAAGACGAAAAACAGGCAUGAAAAAGAAAAAGAAAUUGUCCUCAGAGGAUGCAGAAUCUAAAGAAAGGCUUCCUUCGAAUAAGCAAUCAUCUAUAUUUGCUUCAGCAAGCUCUUUAAUAGGCAGUCUUGCAAAUAAAGUCCCCAACGGAUUGUCUUUGCUAUCCCAACCUAUUUAUCUGCUUUUUAUUCUAAUGUUUUUACUGAUUAUGCUACAAUGGUGGUAUAUGAGACAGUUAGUUCAUCCUAAUAAUCCCACGUCACCUUUUCGAAAUAAUGCUUUAGAAGAGAAUUCUAUAGACCAUAUACCCAUGGACGACUUCACUUUUAAGUUGUGGCUUUCGUCGAGAAUGGACAGUAUUGAGCAAGAGCGAGACCUUUCGUAUGACGGUGACGCUACAGAUUUAGAAAAUGGAAAAAUUAAAGUAGCUACUGACUAUAUGGAACGAAAACUAAAGAAGCUCAAGGAUAGACUUGAGAAAAUGGAAAUUGAACGAAAUUUGUAGGAUUGUUUAUGCUAAAGUUUCUUUAAAACUAUAAUUUUGACAGUGCUUUUUUCGAGGUAUAUUAAGUUAACGAAAGCAUAUACUAUUUUUUAUUUUUAAUGAUUGUUUCUAAUGAAAUUCAACAAAUUUUCAAAAAAAGACCUCUAUGUUCAUGAUAUAAAU